CGGAAAUUUUCGCGAGCCCACAGCCGCUGGAACUUGCAAAUUCGCUUGUUGAACUUAUCCGAGCCUCUUCCAACUACUUCAUUUUCGCCAACACAUUCCCGAGCGCUUCGCCCACCGCCCACCAGCUCCCUUCUCGAUUGCCGUCGAUCUAGUUAGAAUCCGCAAUCAUGGGUAUCUCCCGCGACUCCCGCCACAAGCGCUCCGCCUCGGGCGCAAAGCGAGCCUUCUACCGGAAGAAGCGCGCUUUCGAGGCUGGCCGGCAAGAGGCCAACACGAGGAUCGGCCCCAAGCGAAUCCACACCGUCCGCACUCGCGGCGGCAACCACAAGUACCGGGCCCUGCGUCUCGACUCGGGCAACUUUGCCUGGGCCUCUGAGGGCUGCACCCGCAAGACCCGCGUCAUCGUCGUCGCCUACCACCCGUCCAACAACGAGCUGGUGCGAACCAACACCCUGACCAAGUCCGCCGUCGUCCAAAUCGAUGCCGCGCCCUUCCGUCAAUGGUACGAGGCUCACUAUGGCCAGCCCCUGGGCCGCCGACGUCAGCAGAAGUCCGGCAAGGAGGAGGAGGUAGUCAAGAAGAGCAGGGCCGUCGAGAAGAAGCAGGCCGCCCGCUUCACACACCACGGCAAGGUUGAGAACGCCUUAGAGAAGCAGUUCGAGGCUGGUCGUUUGUACGCUGUUAUUGCCAGCCGGCCCGGCCAGAGCGGCCGUUGCGACGGCUACAUCCUCGAGGGAGAAGAGCUGGCUUUCUACCAGCGCAAGCUGCACAAAUAAACGACGUCGUCUCGGGGAAAAUGUGGACGUACUCGCUAGCAGCGGCGGAUAUGGAGGUUUACGUGCAAUGGCACCGGUGUUCAUGGAUUCUGUUCGUCUUCGGCAUGGAAUGAGGAUCGUGUCUACUAGGUUCUGAUCAAUAAAAAAAAGAUCACC